CAGUAUGCUCGUGUAAGCCAUAAUAGCAAACCUAAAGAUUUAUUGAAGUUGUUAAUUGAUCAUUGGAAGUUACCCAUUCCUAACUUAAUCAUCUCUGUGACUGGUGGUGCAAAAAAUUUCAAGCUAAAUCAACGAGAUCAAGAAAUUUUCAAUCGAGGAUUAAUUAAAGCGGGUCAAAGUACAGGUGCUUGGAUUCUUACCGGCGGUACAAAUAUUGGUGUUGUGAAAGCAGUUGGUCGAGCUAUUAUCGAAUCGCAAUCAUUGGCAUGGGUUGGCAAAGGGACAAAACGAGAGCAGUUACAUUGUGUAGGAAUCGCGCCUUGGAGUUAUGUCGAUAAUUGCCAAAGCUUAAUCAACAAGAAAGAAAAUGAAUCGAUACCCAAAGAUUAUAAUGUGGAACCAAUUGUCCGACGUGAUUGUCCCGUCCCAUUAAAUCCUCAUCAUUCUUAUUUCCUCUUGGUGGACGAUGGCACAUUACGGAAAUAUGGUGGAGAGAUUAAAUUGCGAGGAAGAUUAGAGAAGUGUAUUGCAGAGAAAAAUUGUGAUGAUAGAUUACUUGAUACUGUUAGUAAGGUAUCCAAUACUAAUAAAACUAUCUUAUUUUUACUCUGCGCUUCACAUUCAGGUUUCGGUCUUGGUAAACCUGUUGUAUUACUUGUGCUGGAGGGAGGUCUUGAUUGCAUUAAAAUAGUCCAUGAAGGUAUUAGCAAGAGAAUACCAGCUGUAGUCUUGGAAGGAACUGGAAGGGCAGCUGAUUUAAUAGCUUUCGCAUCGAAGCAUGCCACUAAAAUGUUGGUAGCCUAUCCCAAAUUGAAAGAUCAAGAGGAUGGAAAGAAAGACCUACAAUAUCAUAUUAAUUUAGUUAAAGAAUGCAUUGCAGAUGAAAAACUGAUAACCAUAUUCAAGCUUGGAGAGCAAAAGGACCAAGAGCUUGAUCUUGCAAUAUUGAGCGCUCUACUUAAAGCUCAAUGUGCAUCUAAACUGGAUCAACUGCGCCUUGCUCUAAAUUGGGAUCGCGCUGACGUCGCUAGAGAGAAAAUCUUUACAGAGGAAGUGCACUGGCCUCCUGGCAGCUUAGAUGAGCCAAUGCUUACUGCUUUAAUAAAAAAUCGCGUGGAAUUUGUUAAAAUGUUUAUGGAAAAUGGCGUUAAUAUGAAAGAUUUUUUAACAAUGGGCAAGCUCAGUCUAAUAGAUAUUGCAUUUUCAUUAAAAGAUGUUGGUCGCUUAUUGAAGAAAUUAAUGGGUGCACAUUAUGAGCCUUUAUACCUAAGAGAUCGGAAAUUUGUUGAUGAAUCUAUCGAUCACGAUGUCUUGAUCUCAGUUUCAGCAAGGCUUGCAGGCACUAAUAAUUACAAUUUAGUUGAAGCAGCAACGUCUAAUUUGGGCGAUGAGACUAUCGUUUUUGACAAUCCUAUUCAUGAGAUGUUCUUGUGGGCAGUGUUGAGUAAUCGGCCUGAGAUGGCCUACUUUAUGUGGGAACGAGGUGAAGAAUCUAUUGCUGCAGCAUUGGUUGGUAGUAAACUAUUUAUGGCUAUGGCUUCCGAUAAUAAAAUCGAUAGUGAGAAAUCUGCAGCCUUAAUUAAGGAUGCAAAGAAAUUUGAAGAGUUAGCUAUUAGUGUAUUAGAAGAAUGUUAUACACAAGAUGAAUAUCUGUCACAAAUGUUGGUUAAACGAGAAAUGAUUAAUUGGGGUGGAUUAAAUUGUUUGCAAAUGUCAGGAUCAGCUGAUGGCGAAAGAUUUAUAUCUCAUCCAUGCUGUCAAUCUACACUAGAUGAAAUAUGGACAAAUGGCAUACGAUCAUCUACAUCGAUGGUUCCUAUUGCCACUCUUUUGCCCUUCUUAAUUCCAUUGUUAAUAUCGUUUGAAAAGCAAGAAGACGAUGAUCGUUAUUCAGGCUUUUGUAGCUCAGUUUUUAAUGAUAUAAAGAGAUUUUAUCAAGCUCCUGUUACGAAAUAUUGGGGAACAGUGUUUUGGUAUAUUAUCUUCCUUGGCCUAUACAGCUACGUUAUUUUAUUUUCAUUUAAUGCUUUUCCAAGCAUACCUGAAUGGAUAUUACUUGGCUGGAUAUAUACCAUAGCGGUAGAAUUAUUUCGUCAGGUAUCUAUGGCCCCAGCAGCUAAAUAUCGCCGGCAACAGUACAUGUCUCGUUGGACCAUGGUUGCUGAAGUUGUGAGCAUCUUCAUUGCAGUAAUUGGCUUUUGUCUACGUUGGAUUCCGCAGGCGAUGGAAGCUGCACGUAUAUUAUAUUGCCUUAAUGGAGCUAUUUUCUACGCCCGUGUACUUCGAUUCUACUCUUUUAGUAUUAGCUUGGGUCCAAAAUUGGUCAUGAUCAAGCGAAUGAUUAUGGAAGUUAUACUGUUUCUUUAUAUCUUGGUGAUCUUUUUGGUGGGCUAUGGUGUUGUUAGUCAAGCAUUGUUAUAUAAAAACAUACCAGUUACUGCUGAGAAUAUUCUGCAAAUUAUUCAACGGCCUUAUUGGCAGAUGUAUGGAGAACUAAUGUUGGAAAAGAUCGAAGGUAAUUCUCAAAAUAAGCCUAAGGUAGUUCGACUCUGUAUCAUUACUUUUUGA